UGCAUGGGGAAUUAUCAUUCCUUCUAUCCUUUGGCUUGUUAGCAAUUUAGGAUCGAUGUUGACGUCCAAUAUUUCGAUUGAUGGUUUACAAAAAUUUUUUCUAACUUUUUAUCCAAUAUGGCGUUUGUGGACAGAUACAUGUAAACAUUUGAACGUUUAUAGUUCAGAAGACCUUAUUGAAAAGUUUCUUCUUCUAUGGGAAAUGGUACUUCUAAUUGUAAUGGGUACUCAUGCAUCAGAUAUAUUUUAUUCGAC